UUCAGUCAUUCUUCCCCCUCACCUCUGGCCUGACAGACGCACCAGCCCAUCACCAUGAACUAUCUUCGCCGUCGCUUAUCAGACAGCAGCUUUGUGGCCAACCUCCCCAACGGCUACAUGAUGGAUCUCCAGAGACCGACCCCUCCAGGUUCAUCCACCUCCACGCCUGCAUCCCCGGCCACAGAGAGGCGGCAGCCCCCGAGCAUGCCAAGCCAGACCCAGGGCUCGGGACCCGGCUCGGGUCCCGGCUCCGGCUCCAUCUCAGGCUCAGGCUCAGGCUCAGGCUCUGGCUCUGGCUCUGGCUCUGGCUCAGGCUCCGGCUCCGGCACAGGCUCUGCUCCAGGCCUGGGUGCAGGCUCAGGGAGCUUCCUCAGCUCCUUCUCCAGCGUGGUGAAGAGUGCUCAGAUGGCCCAAAACGUCGCCGCUGCUGCACACGCCAAAGCGGCGGCAGCAUCUGCGGAAGGCGCCGCUGCAGGAAACAGUCAGCCAGCCAAGCCUGUCAUACGCAAGCCCAAGAUCCUGCUGGUGAUUGAUGAUCAGCACACAGACUGGGCGAAGUAUUUCAGAGGGAAGAAGCUGAAUGGAGAAUAUGAGAUCCGGGUGGAGCAGGCGGAGUUCUCAGAGAUCAACCUGGCCUCCUACGUCAACUUGGGAUGCAUGGUGGAUAUGCAGGUCAACAAAGGUGGCAGUAAAGUGGUGAGAUCCUUCAAGCCAGACUUUGUCCUGAUUCGCCAGCACGCCUACAGCAUGGUCCCCGGCGAGGACUUCAGGAACCUUGUGAUCGGCCUGCAUUUCGGCGGCGUCCCGAGCAUCAACUCCCUCUUCUCCAUCUACAACUUCUGCAGCAAACCUUGGGUGUUUUCUCAGAUGAUUAAGCUCUACCACUCCCUGGGUCCCGAGAAAUUCCCCCUGAAUGAACAAACCUUCUAUCCCAACCACACGCAGAUGGUUACAACUCCUUCCUACCCUGUGGUGGUCAAGAUGGGGCACGCCUACGCUGGCAUGGGAAAGAUCAAAGUUGAAAACCAACAGGACUUCCAGGACAUCACCAGUGUGGUGGCUCUGGCCGGGACCUACGUCACCACCGAGCCCUACGUUCUGUCCAAAUACGACAUCCGCAUCCAGAAGAUCGGUAACAACUACAAGGCUUACAUGAGAACGUCCAUUUCUGGCAACUGGAAGGCGAACACAGGGUCGGCCAUGUUGGAACAGAUCGCUAUGACUGACCGAUAUCGCUUGUGGGUGGACUCCUGCGCUGAGAUGUUUGGUGGCCUAGAUGUGUGUGCAGUGAAGGCUGUCCACGGAAAAGAUGGCAACGACUAUAUCAUUGAGGUAAUGGACAGCUCCAUGCCUCUGAUUGGUGAACACGUGGAGGAAGAUAAACAGCUGAUCACAGAGCUGGUCAUCAACAAGAUGGCCCAAGUGCUGCUGGGAGUCUCCACACCUCAGCCUUCGACUGUAAAGACCACACAGCCCAGACGAGGAGGACACCGCUCUUCCUCUGCCUCUCCAUCCUCCUCAGCCCAGGGGUCACCUCAGCGAGCCCGGUCGGCCACCACCUCGCCCAGCCAGGCCUUCCAGCCUGGUCCCAUCCCCACCUCCUCCGGGCCGGGAUCCCAGAAGCAGUCGCCACAGCUAAACAAAUCCCAGUCACUGACCAACACCUUCACGGAGACAUUAAGAGGAAGCCUGACUGACGACGAGGCCAAAGCCGAGACCAUCCGCAGCCUCCGACAGUCCUUCGCCAGCCUCUUCUCCGACUAAGAAACUUUCCCAGGAUCUUCCUCUUCCUGUCAGUCGUCAGGUGUGGAGAAAAAAACAAAACCCUGACUGGGUUAAUCUGUAAUGGAGUCUCUUUCCUCCACCGAGCCUCAGCUUCCUGUUCUCUCUCCAUGUUUGUGAAGUCAAACACCUGGUGCGACCCGCUGUCGUCAAAUCAACAAUAAAUGUUUCACUAGAAAGGCCAAACAGAUUUUAGUGAUGAGUGAUGCUGUCAAACUUUAAAAGUUGACAUACUUGUGUUUGUCUUCCUCACAGGAGACAUUAAGAGAUGACGGAUACCAGUGCAGAAUCAAACCAAACCCCAUUCACAUUUCUGUUACUUUUACUCCAAGUGUCACUUAAGAAUAUAAAAAUACAUACACUAGGUCCAUGUAAUCGUGAAUUUAGCCUUUAUUUUGUAGAUUACUAGUGCAAUUGUUUCCUUUUACCCAUAAUUCCUUGUAUUUUUUUUACUUGACUGCACUGCAGGAUUAAUGUUAACAUUUCUUUAAGUUGAUGCUGUAAUUUGAAUCAAUCAUGUGAAUCCUCUCUUGCAUGCAGAUCAUCAGGUUUGGUGAGAGUUUGGCCUUUCUAGUGUUAAAUAACUACAGUGUAUAAUCAUGAUCUUGCUGGUUCUGCUUGCUAACGUAGACGUUAUCCUUAAUUUGUUCGUCCAACCAGUGAAACUGUUUUGUGUUUAACUUAUUUCUAUAUUUAUUUUAAUUUCUUUUCAUUUCUUUCCAGGACUUUAAUUGACGCGCGGCUUCCAAACGUCUACAGCAAUAUACGUAUCUGAAUCUGUUGCCGUGAACUCAUGAGAAAUGUACACACGGUUCACCAGCGAUCUUUUCAAGCGUCUUUCCAGCACAUCUCUCAGACAUCCACGUGCUCUAGACACACAUUGGCUUACGUAGUGACUCCUUUACCUUGGCCGUAAACUACCAAAGUGCUUUUUUAACAACGCAGUAAAAAAACAUCCCGUCUGCACUGGGUCAAGAAAACAAUCAGUCAGCGAACCAACUCAUGAGCUUGUGAUUUCACAAGGUGCAAAUGCUGUACUGGCUCGCAGCCAUCGUCUUCCAUCACAGCUCAGAUCUUCCCCCUGCGAUCCUUCUUUUUCUUGAUGUUUCGUGCUUGUAGUGAGUAGCACUAUGGAAUAUUUUUCUUGGGGAUUUGUAAAAUAAGAACUACUAAUGUGUGUUUAAAGGUAAAUGGACAGGUUCUAAUAUCUUGAGACUGAUAAUGUGCUUCACUUCGGCGUUCAGACAGAAAAAGAUUUGGUUUGCAUCUCAUCCUGUAUCUUAAUUCUACUUUAUUCUCUUCAACCAGUGUCAGCUGGGACAGCAGAUCAUUUACCAUCGUCCCGUUUUAGCUUUUGGUCGCAUGGUGUGUGUGUGUGUGUGUGUGUGUGUGUGUGUGUGUGUGUGUGUGUGUGUNUGUGUGUGUGUGUGUGUGUGUGUGUGUGUGUGUGUUAUAUCAAUAACAUUCAUCCUGCUUUGGAACUGCACGUAAAUGAAUGUAAAGUACAUAAAGUAGAACAGAGUCAAAAAGAAAUCUUGGUCUUAAGUAUUCUAUAAAGAUAAGAAAGCAAGAGAAACACUAUUUAAAAUGUCUUCAUAAUUUCCUGGGUACAAUGAGAAUCUUUGAUACAAAUUAUAAUGAACAUAUGUCUUGAGACAUGCUUAAUGGCAUAGGUACCCACAUUUAGGAGUUGUUAUAAACCCAAAGGAAAUUUGCUUUAAAGAUGCAACGUGCACUAUUAUGAUCUAUGUAAACAUGUAUUUAGGUGAUAGAAACCUAAUAACUAUUAUUUGUUGAAUUAUCUGCUAAAUUACAGUUAUUUGGGAUUCUUAUAUAUACUCUUAUACUGGAAACAUUACAAUUUAAAAGUAAAAGAAUUAAGCAAAGUGAAUUAUUUUCUCCCAAAAACAUUUCCUUCAGUCUUGGUGCAACAGUUACUUCCAGAAAGAGUUUGACUGUAUUUGUUGCUUUUCAUGCCGAGCACAAUCACAAUCUAAUAAUCUAUGAAUUGGCUCUUUUGCAGGACAUUAUUAACAUGUCUGGUCGUUGGCGCCAUAAUGUUCUGUGCAAGAAAACUGAAUUAGCCAAGAUUUGUUUUUUUUUUCUCCCAUUUGGUUCAGAGGGGAUCUGGACGAAAACAAAAAUUAUGAACAAGAGUGUGUACAAAGGGGACGUUUGAAUAUCUGUGUGCAGUACAGAGUUUAAAUGGGCCGUGAUUCCAAAGUAUUAUGUUUUAAUAAUAAUAAUAAUAUUAAUAAUGUCCCUAAUUAUAAGAUAACAUUUAUUCAAAUGCAUGAACCUGUACAAAAAGUAUAUGUCGUGUGUGGGUGUGUAUGUGUGUUAAGUUGUAAAUUUGCCAUUCUGAUUAGCAAUGAUAUACGAUCAAAAAGAAAGAACCACUCAUCUUGGCAAUAAUCAUAUUAAUACGUUAUUAUUACCAAGUAGUUUUGAAAACUAGCAUUGUUUGUUCAUUGCACUGAAAAAAGCUCUGUGUGCAUUAGCUUUGUUAGCUUGAUAAAAAAUAAAUGCACACAACAAAACCAACAACGUUACGAAGCAAUGGUCAGGUUGGUAGUUUAACUUCGACAGUUGCUCUGGAGCAAAAAUAAUCCGAUCAUUAUCGUCAGUGUGUGGAACUACAGUUGUUUGUCUCGUUGCUAACUCAAGUUGCUAGCUGCUGUUGCAACACAAGUUUAGCUUUUCAUAAUCGCACAGCACUGUAACCAAAUACAUGUUUCACUUAUAACACGAGGACUCGCCAGUAUGUGUCAUGAAUGCUCUUCGUAAUGUGAAAACUAAAAUAAUGUAGUGUGAGAUGCUUCUUCACCGUUGAAGUAACAUUACGACUGUUAGCAGUAAGCUAGGCAAACAAACAAGCAAAUAUGUGUAGCUCACAUUAGCGACCAUUUAAUCCAUUUCUUACACGUUUGCUCCGUGUUUUUUAUUUGAAUUAUAGACCUUUAAUAUAGAUGAACGACGUGUCCCUGGAUAGAGUCAUUUGGAGCCACAGUAGUGAUCCUAGAGCGGAGCCAUAAUAUCAAAGUCCCGCCCAUACCUAUGCUCAGCCAAUUACGAGUCAGUCUCAGCUGUCAAUCAUGGUUUUCCUUCCUGUUUUCGUAGCAUAUAAUUACUAAUUAAAGAUUAAAAUUUCCUUGAGAUGCACUUACAGAUUUUUGUUAGGGCUUAUGACCUAUACUGCAGCCAGCCACCAGGGGGUGAUCGAGAUGUUUUGGCUUCGCAUUUGGGGAGUUGUCAUGUCGUCCAUCUUUAUAUACGGUCUAUGCUUUGAACACAGAGCGUAGUCAGCAAACAAUCAGUCACCUUCAAACACCAGGAAGUCUGUGCUUCUUUUUUUUGCCAUUUCAGUUUGCCAAACCUGUUGUUUUGAGUGUUGUCUCAUAGUUUGUUAUAAAUCUGCGUCCAGUGAUUGUUUGGAAAAGUAAAAGUGAUCUGCGGAUAAUCCAGUGUCUUGUCACUGAGCACUUUUUGCAAGCGCCUUUGGCACUGUGUCAAAAUGGACCAAAUUAGCAUUUUGUCGUGAGACGCCCUGUCAGUCUGAAUCAUAUUGUUUUUGUUGUGAAGAUACCCACCACUUAGUGUGUUAUACUGCGAUGUGAUAAGCCAUAAACUUAACCAUGAGGAUUCACUGUCCCUUAUGUGCCAUGCAAUAACGGCUGUGACAUCACAUGAUGAGCUGACUCUGAUCACUGUGUCUGUAACCUUUAAAGACGUGAGGUGGGCUGUCCGGCCACACGGGGGCAGCGACGGGUUCUGAAUGAAAAUCAAGAGAAAUCAAACCACACAGUUGAAUCAGCAGUAUGUCUGUCACGAUGAAGGAUAAACUCUGAUGUCUCUUCUCUCAGUUUUAGUGCACUUUGGGUUUAAAAUGCAGUUUAGGAUGUAGUUGCUGCCAACUACAUCUAUAUACAGUACAUAUGUUCAUGUGCAUAUAUAUACAUUUAAAUAUAUAUAUAUAUAUACGUGUGUUCAUAGGUUAGGUCAGAUCAUAAUCAGUGACCAGAUGUCAGAUGAUUUAAUAUCUCACAAGAUGUUGAUUUGCUUGUUGUUUGGGUUUUUUAACAUUUGGUAACAAAGUCUCUCACUCGGCUGCUUUGUCGUAGCUUCACACACCUGAUGCAUUCGUUGAUUUGACUCAAUUUGAACUGAGCUGCAAAGUUUACUAGUAACUACCUCAAGUUGAGCAGUGCUCUGCAGGAACCGACUGUAGAGUGGUAGUACUGGGACAGGUUUUGUGAAAUGAGCAGCGAAUGACGAAGAGACGGAAGUGCUUCCUUUCCAUUUGUGUUGAUUCGUUCCUGUAACAUCCAAACGUUUGCAUAUAACAACCAGCACGGUGUCAAUCACAGAGAGAAGGGGUACUUGGGGCCCAGAGCCCCCCCAGCUGGUCAAUCCAGCCCUGGUUUAUUUUUCUUUUAUGGUUCCAGCAUCUAAUUAGAAUUAGAGAUAUUGUUUAUGUUAUGAAGAUAAGAAGGCUUAGAGAGAAGUGUAUUUUAAUGUUGCUUGUUUGAUUGACAGCUUUCUCAGCCAGUCACAGCCCUAGCUUCAGCCUUCCUCGCCCAAAAUCUCCCAACUUAUAAACGUCUCUCUUGACAGCUGCUGUUCAUGUCACAGAUUAACAUUCUUUUGCUGUGUGUGCACAGUCGCUGCUCCUUUCACAAAACUGAAAAGUGUUGCAUCACUUCACCAUGUCUUUCAUAUUAUUUGAAGAUAACACGAUACGCUGUCGUUUUUUUUCCCUCUUCGUUACGACAUGGUUGAGUCACUGGCUCGACUUUGGGUGUGUUGAACUGAUGCGAAGCCUGAAUAUAUGCAGCCUCGGAGACUUGCCAUCAAUACAGCUAAUACUGCAAGGAAAUCAAGUCCUCUUUAAAUAUGGUAUUUGUAAAUGAAACGUGAAUAUUAAUGUCAUUGCACGGGUUUAUUUGCCGAUCUUUCAGUCCACUGUGUCCCUCCCUCUCCGCUGAAUGGUGGGCGAUAUCGUGUGAUACUCUAAGUGUAUAGAUGUUCUGUAUAUUGGUGUAAAUGUGGCAUGAAAACCGAGCCCCUCCCCUCUCUGUGUCCCUCAGGUGUGUACAUUCGGUCGUCAUGUGAUCUUAACGUCUGGCUGCUUAUUUGUGAGAAGUGUGAUGCAUCUCAUGUGUUUCUGUAAUUUAUUAGUAUUGAGAUUAGUUUGUUUUCUGUACUUUACUUCCUUUGUCCGAAAAAAUGGAGAUUUCUGUUAUUAAAAC